AUGCCUGCCACGAACGACAGGUGGCCUGAGGAAUUCGGCUUUAAAAUCAGUGGGAACGGCCCCUGCUACAUCUUGGCGGUGGAAGAACACAGCAGUGCGGAGCUGGCGGGCCUCCAACCAGGGGACCAGAUCCUGGAAGUAGAAGGGCUGCACGUCUCCUCCAUGAACUGUGAGGCUCUGGUUGCCCUUGCAAGGCAGUGUCAGAAUGUGCCCCCCAGCAUCGGCGUGGUCUCCCGCAUCCAGCAGGUGGACCUUACGCCCGGAGACGAGGGGCGCUUUGGCUUCCAUCUGAUGUGCGACGGAGGCUGCCCCCUGCAGGUGGAGAGUGUGACGCCCGCCUCGCCUGCCUUCGAAUGUGGGGUCCGAGCUGGGGACUACAUCCUGGAAAUCAACAGGACCCCCGUGAAGCUCUACCAGGAGGCGGCUGCCAUGAUCCAGUCCUGCCAGGGACGAGGUCUCCAGCUGGGGCUGCUGCGGCUUGGACGGCCCCCUCGCUGGGCCAACAGCAGCGUGCGGGAAUUUGUCCAGAGCGCUGAUGCGAUCCACCAAGAGAGGCGGCAAAAGGCUCAGGAGUUCAGCCAGAAGGUGCAAGAGAUCCUGGGCGACCGGCCAGAUGUAAAAGGGAGGAUGUUCACAGUCCUGAAGCAGUACGCCGCUGAAAGGAAGGCUGACUGCUUGGCUCGUGCCCUUCCCACCAUCCUUACCGAGGACUCCCACCAGCUCCUCAUAGAAAAUAUCAGGAUCUUCAUCCCCAGGAAGCACCGGCAGCGCUUCGACGAAGUGGUGUCCCAGGGCCUCAUCGGCAAGCUGUGCCGCGCCAAGGGCGAGCGCUCGGCCGGGCGGCUGAGGCGCAGCCGCAGCGAGGACCACCACGAGCGCCUGCUCGCCUCCACCCGGGCCAGCUCGGUGCCCCGCAGCCGCGAGCAGCGCGGCGGCAAGAGCCUGCGGAAGAGCGCCUCGCCGGCGGCCGGCAGCGCGGGGCCCGGCGCGCCGCGCAGGACCGUCCGCGUCUACAAGGGCAGCAGGAGCUUCGGCUUUACGCUGCGUGGACACGCCCCCGUGUGGAUCGAGUCGGUCCUGCCCGGGAGUCCGGCUGACAAAGCGUCUCUGAAGGCCGGGGACCGGAUCUUGUUCCUGAAUGGCCUGGACAUGAGGAAUUGUUCCCAUGAGAAGGUUGUUUCCAUGCUCCAAGGCAGUGGGGCAAUGCCCACCCUUGUGGUUGAAGAAGGCAUUGUUAGCUUUUCAGGCGACUAUGCCUCCGUGGAGACCCCUGGCUCCUCCUCCUCCUCCUCCACACUCACCUCCUUGCAGUGGGUGGCAGAGAUCUUGCCCUCCAGCAUCAAGUUCCAAGGGAGGACGUUCCACCAGCAGCUGGAACAUCUGCUCACCCCCGCAGAGCGCUACAGCGUCUGCAAGGCGCUGGAGAGCUUCUUCCAGCACAGGAACAUCGACACCCUCAUCGUGGACGCGUACCCGGUCCUGGACACGCCCUCCAAGCAGGUCAUCUGGCAGUUCAUCUACCAGCUGCUCACCUACGAGGAGCAAGACCACUGCCGGCAGAAGAUCUCCAGGUUCCUGGGCUACGAGGCUGCGGCUGGUUCCAGAGAAACUGCUGAGGGGCCAGCCCACUUAGCUCCCGGGGAGAGGCAAGCAGGGGAUGGGACCUCCCUCCCAGAGACCCCCAACCCUAAAAUGAUGUCAGCUGUCUAUGCAGAGCUGGAGACCCGCCUGACCUCCGGCUUUGGAGGGAAGCUGAGCUGCUUAGCUGCACACCAGGCAUCUCCCUCAGUUCCAGAUCAAGCGAACCCAGCAGGACCAGCCCUCUCCUGGAAAAAGGAUGCCUCCCCCGCCCAGGCAUGCCUGUACCACGCGUACGGAGGCCUCCCUUCCCCGAGCAGUACUGAAUCCAACCCCUACGUCAGCCUGGACAGCAGCCCGGCCCUUUCCCCAAAGUACGCCGGCCGCCGGCUCAGCCCGCCCUCCCGGAGGAAGAAGCUCUUCACGUUCUCACGCCCGCCACGCAGCCAGGACACAGACCGCUUCCUGACCGUGCUGAGCGAGCAGCUGGGGCACCACAUCGCUGUUUCCGACGAGUUCCUGACGCCCGAGAACGACUACGAGGAGAUGAGUUUCCACGAGGACCAGGGCAGCUACGUCGCCAACGACCUCAGCAGUGCCAGCGAGGACCUGAGCAGCAGCGAGGGCAGCUCCCUGACCUACUCCACCCUGUCGGACCACGUCCCGCCGCCGCCCAUCAGCCUGCCCCCACCGCCACCCUCCCCUCCACCGCAGUUUCAUGAUCCCAGGGCGGGGAGCAGGGCCCCGGAGCCCCUGGGGAGCCCCCGCUCCGCACCUCCCCAACCCAGCACCCCCUCCAGCCACAGUGACCCGGCCCUCCCACCCCUGCCGCCUCCCCCGCCGCCUCCCCCACCAGUGCCAUGUGCCCCCCCCCCAGCGCCUCGCGGCAUCAUGCAUCGCCGGAGCGAGUCCAGCCACAUGAGCGUCAAGCGGCUGCGCUGGGAGCAGGUGGAGAAUUCCGAAGGCACCAUCUGGGGUCAGCUGGGUGAGGAUUCGGACUAUGACAAGCUGAGCGACAUGGUCAAGUACCUCAACCUGGAGCUGCAUUUUGGAACCCAGAAGCCAGCAAAGCCAAGCCCCUUGCCAGAGUCUUUCAAAAAGAAAGAUGCGGUCGAGAUUCUGUCACACAAAAAGGCCUACAAUACCUCCAUCUUGCUUGCCCACCUCAAGCUCUCCCACGCCGAGCUGCGCAGGACCCUCCUGACCAUGGAGAGCAGCCGCCUGGAGGCUGCUCACAUCAAGCAGCUCCUCCUCUACGCCCCCGAUGCAGAGGAGGUGCGGUGCUACCGCAGCUACCAGGGCAGCCCCGGCAGACUGAGCGAGCCCGACCGGUUUGUCCUGCAGAUGCUUUCAGUACCAGAAUACACAACCCGGCUGCGCAGCCUUCACUUCAAGAGCACCCUGCAGGAGAAGCUGGAGGAGGUUACUGCCAGCUACGAGUGCAUCUACAGUGCCUCCCUGGAACUGAAGAACAGCAAGAAGCUAGCAAAAAUCUUAGAGUUCGUGCUGGCCAUGGGGAACUACCUGAACCACGGGCAGCCAAAGACCAACAAAACAACCAGCUUCAAGAUCAACUUCCUCACGGAGCUCAACACCACCAAGACUGUGGACGGCAGAUCCACCUUCCUGCACGUUCUUGCCAAAUCCCUCAGCCAACAUUUCCCGGAACUGCUGGGCUUUGCCAAGGACUUGCCCACAGUGCCACAUGCUGCCAAAGUGAACCAGAGGACGCUAACGGCCGACCUCGGUGACCUGCACAGCACCAUCGCGGAGAUCGAGGCGGCCUGCGAGAGCACCAUGCCUUCCCCCGAGGACAGGUUCGCCGCGGUCAUGGGCGCCUUCCUGGCAAGCGCACGGCCCAGCAUAGAGGCUCUGCGAGAGCUCGAGCACAGGGCCAUGGACGAAUUCGGCAGAGUCCUGUCCUUCUUUGGGGAGGAUCCGAAAGUCACGACCUCCGAAGCCUUCUUUGGCAUCUUUGCCGAGUUCAUGAGCAAGUUCGAGCGGGCUUUCAGCGACGUACAGGCUGGCGAGGCCCAGCGCAGCCCCCACGCGACCCCCCCUCUGGCCUGGUGA